AAAUUAUAAUGUCGUUUACAUUCUUGUUUCGUUACUAACCGUUGGUCAUGUUUACAUAAGCUCUGUCUGUCGCCACUGGGUAAGCACUUUUUAUCGUGUCACCCUCUUUGACAUGUAUAUACCUGCUUUAUCAGAGACGGCUUUGUUUGUGAAAGAAAGAAUAUCUGCUGUUUCCGUGACACUCCUCUUCUUUUUGUUUUUCUCAAGUCAAAUGUAACAAAAGUUAUUUCAAAAACAAAUAAUUCGUCUUUGUAAUAAACGACAUAGAAAUAUGAUAUUCGUGACUAAAACAACUAUAGUAGUUCAAAUAAUAUUAGGCCAACAUGUAGUUCAAAUAAUAUAUUAGGCCAGACUGUUAUUUAUAUGGACAUUAGGCCUUAAAGUCUUAAAUCAUUUUUUGUUCGUCUUUUCAAUACUUUAUUUGGCAAUGGUAAUAAUUAGGCCUGUUACUUUAAUCCUUAAUAUAUUGGAUCGGGAAAUCUUAAAAUAUUUUGUUUGAAUGCAUUAAAUGUUGCUUUCCUUUCCGUAUAGGCGCUCACUGGGCAACCGGGUGGAAAUAAGGCGACAUCAACAGCUGGCCAUUCACUCAAGCAUUCUAACUAUAUAUCUCCCCACAGCACUCUUUUCCAUCUGGUGUUUGGCAACCCAUUGGGUCCAUAACCAGAACUGCGGAGUAUACGGCUGUGGCUUCUCUGUGUUCUGCAGCACAAACCAUUUUAUUGCGCUCUAUCAAGAGUAUUACUUUUUAAUUGCAACCCUGUUUGUGAAUCAGUACAUUUGGGUUCAGUAACGACGCAUUACAUUUCACUUAAAACCAUUACGCAAAUUUCUAUGCCGCGAAAAGAGUCUAAAUUGCAUUUUACGCUGUCACGCUUCAUAAACCCCACUGUGCGUGUCUAGUGUAGUGGGAAAUAGACGCGGUUAACAGUUUCCUUCCUCUUUGAAACAGCGAGCAAAUAUAAACACCAUUAAACGACAUUACAUGGACCGGUCUGUAUGGAAUUGGUUUACUUGAACUUUAUAGCAUGUGCGGAGUGCCCCAUUAAGAUACUGGAGAAAGUCCUAUAAUCGCUCCGAAGAACUCACCGCAAAUACUGUAGGCUAGUAGACUGCUCGCCAUGCAUGCCUGUCCCUUUGCUUGCAGUUGGCUUUCAAAGUAGCUUGCUUUUAAUUUUGAUUGACAGGAAUUGAAACAACUUUAUAUAUAGUUAUAUAGUAUAUUUUAGAAUUUAAAAAAAAAAGGCCAGACGAGAAAAACAACGUGAAUGUUCUGAAAAAUAAUAUCAGGUCGGUAAACUGCAAAAACGGUUAACUGCAAAACCCUUGGGGGAAGGGUUUCCGUUUCAGGUACUUGCUUCUACUGUAGGUAGAACCACUUCGGUUAUGGUGUGGAACCCUUUCACCAGAGGGUUCUAAUUUUAAAAGGGUUCUACUUGAAAAUAAAAAGUGUUAUCCAAUGGCAAUAGCUGAAGAACCCUUUGUUGGUUUUAUUUGUAGGCUGCGGUUUCCUCUCAACGGGUAGGGUAAUGACUGCCUGCAAGGCCUGCUGAAAAAAAUUGCCAUCAAGUCAUGGGCCUAAGCUUCAGUCUAGUUCUGGUUGCAAGCGUAAAAGGGCGCCCACGCGCCUGGAGAGACGUGCAUUUCCACACGCCAAGUGCGCUAAUUGAGUUCUGUUCCUCACUCCAUGAUAAUUGUUUUACACCCGGGCUCUCCUCUUUACUUUACCUCGAGAAGUGUUGUUUAAUGGAGUGUGACGCUGUCUGCCUAAUGACCAGGCAAAUAUAGAGGGAGAGUGGUGGUAGGAGACACGAGCUCCGCUGCUGUUUGUUAUGACCAGCAGGCUAACCAGGGGAGAUCUGUAAAUGGUGUUAAAUGAGCCAUUGUUUGUAAUGGGCUGGUUUAAAAAAAAACGUAGCUUAGCACACUUUUUAGUGAACUCUAAAAGGUUUCCAACAAUGAGUGUUCGGUCAGGACUUGGUCUUUGAUUCCCAUCGCAUCUCAUUGUCAAGUGUCCAAGACAACCGCCUCCCCAUCCACGUUUCUUAUCAUCAUCAACCAAUGCCAGUAUAUCCCUAUACGCCUGGCUAUUGAUUUGCCCUUUUAUCACUCAUCUGGAAGAUUAAAAAAAAACAACGUUCGGUGGUAAUGAAACCUGCAUAGAUACUUUACCAGCGAACUGCCUUCCCAUCGUUUUUCAUCGUUCCCACCAAAUGAAACAAACUGAACCGUGACCAUGCUGACAUUCUGAAGACGCAUUCUGUUUGCGUUUCACUCCAUGCUUGUUCUCUUGCAGGCCGUAAUCUCUCCGAUUAGGUGCUCGAUGGCAUUAGCCCCUAUCCGCGCGCCGAGAUAGGAACCCACGGAUUCCCUCGCUCACCUGUCUAUCGCUGCAUUAGGGCCAACCGAGUCUGUCGCAGGUACCCGCAGGCAAACAGUGGAUUGUUUGUCGAGGGCAUUGAUUUGUGCACGGUCAAUUCUGUUCAAUUAUUUGUGGACCGCGUGGCAGAGAAUACAGACACGAAUAGAAAAUAAGGCGACAACUUCUGAGUUUUGAGCAAACAUUGAAACCAAUGGCUUAAGUGUAGCAGGGUCACAUGAUGAAGGUGACACACCUGUAUAGCGGCGCCAGACGCUCCAGCAGCAGCGUAGCUAGAGCAGAGCAGAAAGUUCCACGCUACGUGAGCUAAGGGCCGCGGGUACCUGUAUGAACACACCUGUGGGACAGCCCUGGCCUCCGGUAGUCAUGAAUCGAGAAGAGCACUACUAUUCCCCCGCGCAGCUGUUCAAGGACUCUUGUGCCUACCAGAGACCUCACGGGGAGGACCACCGUCACAGCCCGCCGCCCUGUCUCUACAUGGGCAGACAAGCUCAGUCCGUGUACUCCUCGCCCUCCGUCGGCGGGCCAGACCACGCGAGCCUUCCCGAAAUGUCUCCCUACAGUAUGCCAAUGCGGGAGGACCAGGUUGUGCAGCAUCUCCACCACUCCCAGGCACCCCAGCAGACUCUCCAGGGCGGGGGUUACGGAGACCCGGGGGAGCUGGCUCUGUGCGCAGACAGGAACAGAUACCACCUGCCUUUCCCGUGGAUGAAGACGACCAAGUCUCACGCGCACACCUGGAAGGGACAGUGGGCAGGCCCUUACACCAUAGAGGCAGAGGAGAACAAACGGACGAGGACGGCGUACACGCGGGCCCAACUCCUGGAGCUGGAGAAGGAGUUCCUGUUCAACAAGUACAUUAGCAGGCCGCGUCGCGUAGAGCUGGCCCUCACGCUGAGUCUCACCGAGAGACACAUUAAGAUCUGGUUCCAGAACCGGCGGAUGAAGUGGAAGAAGGAGGAGGACAAGAAGAGGGUCAGGGGGGUCGACCCAGAGCAGGACUCGUCCAUCACGUCGGGGGGCCUGAAGGACGAGGCCGGGGCCGGGGUGACUGGGACUCUCACACAGGCUCCUCCCACCACCUCUACCAGCGCUAACACGCACCACUCUCCCCCUCACCCCCACUCCCUGUCGUGCUCCCGAGACUCGGCUUAGCUGGGGCUUAUGUGGAGGAGAAAUGGACCGACACCAAGGAAAGAAAGGAAAGGCACUUAUUCCGACUCAGCCUACAUCUCCUUGACGACAUCGGCAUCGAGAGAUUGAAGAAAGGUGAAAGAGGACUUGUGUGGAUUGUCUGUAAUGUUGUCAUGCUACGGCCGAACUCAAGUUGUGGUGCUGAGGACCCGAGGGGCCACUGAUGGUAACACCUGCCAUUGGACAUACAAACGAACCCAGUGCAUCCUGGCAACCUGGUCUGGACCCUCUCUCUGUAGUACCAGAAGAUGGCAGCACCGCACCAGAAGAUGGCAGAAGAGCACCAACCGCCUGGGGGAAACUGGUUAGAGCUACUUUUGGUACAAACUUUGAGUGCUUUAGUAAAACAAAUGCACUUGAGAUACAUUUCAAACUUCUCUCCGACAAUUGUGACAGUAUCCAGAGAAUUUAAUUUAUGUACGUAAAGAAAAAUGUAUAGCAUUGUUUUGUCAGGGUUGACAAUGUUGAUGCAUUUUCUGAGAUAAUUAUUAUAUGAAGGAAAAAAAGAGUCACAUCAUUUAUAUGGGCCUAUAUUGUACUUCAUCAUAUUGUUGACGUGUAAAUGAUAGACACUGUGAAAGAUAUACUGUAUUUUAAAAUCUUUAUGAAGCUAUUAUUUCAGACUAAUGCUGAUCUAAAUCUCUGACUGCAAUUGAAUAAACUCGAUUUAACAUCUGCA